CCGGAUUCUCGCGUUCGAAGAGGAAGAUGGCCUCCCCGGGACCGGUAACCUGCUACACACCUGUGAACGUGGAACAAGAAUGUCUGACUAAGCUGAGUGAAACCGCUCAGCAGCUUAUCAAGUUCCGUCUCUUCGAAGACACUGAAGGGAUCUGGGUAUGUUGCGACUGGUGUAGCAAGUGGCGAUACGUUCCCGAUUGGAAGGAUCCAGCCGCCUUGCAGGAUAGCGCGUUCAACUGCAAACAAGUGGAGAAGAAAUGCAGCGUCGACGAUGAUGAAGGCUUCGACCAAGUUUUCUACGAAACAAAAUACUGCGCCGGGAGCUUGGUAUGGGCGAAAAGACCAGAUAAUCAUAAAGAGAAGGAGUGGCGUUGGUGGCCAGCUCUUGUCGAAGACUCACCAGAUCCAGCGUCGCAGUAUUUCCUACUCGACGGCAUUAGUGAAAUUCCGAUCGCCUAUCAUGUUACCUUUUUGGACGCGUACCGCACCUGCGGCUGGGUGCGGUCUGACCUUCUGAAACCUUUCCGAGCCCGAUCGAAGAAUGUGGUCAAAAUCUCUGCGUCCCGAACAGGCGGGAAACGAAGCCUCCUCAACGAAGCCGUCAUUCGCGCCAGAGAAGCUGCGAAAAUCGACGUCAUACGCAGACUCGAGAAAUUCUCCUACGUCGCUCACAUGGCUCGACUCGGAGGCUGUAUAGAUUCGAACUCAGGAGAAGCCGAUGAGAUCUUGAACGGAAUGGGAUCGACUGCCGAUCGUCCCCCCGCCGGGAAGUCUCCAGAGAAACACAGAAAAACUCUCGGCGCUGCCAGGAAACGGAAAUCGGAGGCAUCCGACGUCGAAAGCUCGAGCAAACGAUUGAAGUCACCGGAUGCAUCAGUUGCAACGGCGACAAUAAGUGAGGCGCCUCCCGAGGGACCGGUAACGCUUCUGGAAAAGGACGCGGGAGAAACUCCGGACUACGCGAAAGCUCAGGUAGAGAUCGACAGCGGCUAUGCAAACGAGGAGGAACUACCUGUCGAGAAAGCGCAAGGACCCCAGAAAAAGAAGUCAUCGAGAAGAGCUGCGAAGGCAUCCGAAAAUGAUUCAUCGAAGACCGGUGCCUCGCCUCCUGAGAAUGAACGUUCCGACUCACCGAUUCGAGCGGUCGAGACAUCGGAUCCCAGAGGACAAAACUCAGUAGGGGAGCAAAAGCGGGAAACUCCUCCUGGAUCCGAGGUAGCCGCUAGAAAAACUUCGGAGACAGAAAACAACGUUCUUCGAAGGGUGGGAUCACGGUCCCCAGAAACUACGGCCGAACCGGUGGUCAAGACCUCGCGGCGGAAGAAAGCUCGAAAAUCCGGGUCGCGAAAAACUCCGCCCAAGGAAAUAAGCAACGAUGCGGAAAGUCUUCCCGAGAGCGCGGAUUCCCUGAGCAGCGGUGCGAUUCAAGAUAGUGGUCACGGUAGUCUCGGUGACUCGUUUACAGCGUCAGUUCCACAAAGUACCGUUAACGAAGGUCAAGCGUCGGCGAACGCAAUUGCGAAAACGGUGGACGUAGAGCUGAACUCCAACGUCAAACUCGUCAAAGCUCGGCGACGGAAGAACAAGGAUGCUAAAGAUGUCGAGAACAAGCCACCGCAAUCCUCCCCGAAAUUCUUCACUCAACAACCUCCGCGCAAGAAGAACACGAGAGAGCAAAAUCCUAUCGCAAAAAUCAAAGCUGACCCAGCCCCGAAAAAAGUUCUCGACAUCUCCAUUAGUCAGCCGAUACCAGCCCGACUCGCUCGUGGUAAAUUCGCCCCUCCUACACGAGCGAAACAAAACAUCGGAUCUUACUAUCUGGAGGAUCUGCAGCGGGACCUGAACGAGGGUAUCAUCUGAGGCUGGGAAGGUCGUCUCUGGAGAAAAUUCAUCAAUCACGGAAUUUUCACCCUUCGAUACGUCACGAUUGCAUGUCUGUCAUCGUGAGUGGCGGUAAUUUAAUAACGAGGAUGUUCCAGGACUCCUCUCUCAUGUUUUGUACGCUUUCGCUCGCUUAACCCAUCAUCGUGGGGACAUGGUCACUUGAGGAAAUAGGCAGGAUUUGUGCGUCAAGAUGUUUUCGAGGCUCUAUCUACUUGUUCAUGGUAAAUUGUUUUGAGAUAGACUCGGAACAUCACGACGAGUGUGUGCCGAUUUCCCCUAGUCCCAAUGAAGUCUCAUCUGUAAAUAAUAUCAUUGUCAGAAAAU